AUGUACAUAAACUCAAAAAUGGCAAACAACAUUCCUCCUGGGUAUCACGUUGAAGUUGUGGGGGACGCUAGAUUUGUGGUACCUUUACGAUACUCUAAUUUAAAGCCCAUUGGUUCUGGAGCUCAGGGCUUUGUUGUAGCUGCCUAUGAUUCAGUACUCAAACAAGAUGUUGCCAUUAAAAAAUUGGCUCGUCCUUUUCAAAAUGUUACACAUGCCAAACGUGCCUAUCGUGAAUUUGUUUUGAUGAAACUGGUGAACCACAAAAAUAUCAUAUCAUUAUUAAACGCAUUUACUCCUCAACAAACAUUGCAAGAUUUUCAAGAUGUUUAUUUGGUGAUGGAGUUUAUGGAUGCCAAUUUGUGUCAGGUGAUCAAUCUUGAUUUAGAUCAUGAACGAACCUCAUAUCUACUGUAUCAAGUCUUAUGUGGUGUAAAACAUUUACAUGCAGCCGGUAUAAUCCAUCGAGAUUUAAAACCCAGUAAUAUUGUUGUAAAACAUGAUUGUAGUUUGAAAAUUCUGGAUUUCGGUUUGGCUCGUACAGCGGGAGAUAGCUUUUUGAUGACUCCAUAUGUUGUAACUCGUUAUUAUCGUGCUCCAGAAGUUAUUUUAGGUAUGGGUUAUUCUGAAAAUGUAGAUAUUUGGUCAGUUGGUUGUAUAUUUGCUGAAAUGGUUUUAGAAAGAAUUCUAUUCCCCGGUUAUGAUCAUAUUGAUCAAUGGACUAAAAUUACCGAAGAACUUGGAACACCAGGACCAGAAUUUAUGAAUCGUUUAGAAUAUGCUGUUCGUAAUUAUGUAAUGUCACGUCCAAAAAAUGAACCACGUUCAUUUACUGAACUUUUUCCAGAUGAUCGUUUCCCUCCACCUAGCACCGAUCAUGAAACACUAAACGCUGACCAAGCUCGAGAUUUAUUAAGUAGAAUGUUAGUAAUUGAUCCAUUACAAAGAAUUUCAGUUGAUGAUGCUCUUCAUCACCCAUAUAUACACGUAUGGUACGAAGACUCUGAAGUAAACGCGCCACCGCCAGCUCCAUAUGAUGAUUCACUUAGUGAAAGAAAUUUAUCAGUUGAAGAAUGGAAAGCGCGUAUAUUUCAUGAAGUAAAAGAAUUCGAAGCUAAGGAAUCUCAUAUACGUAAUGUUCAAAAUUAA